UGUGUGUGUGGAGGGGGGGCAGGGGUGUGUGUGGAGGUGGAAAGUCAGGGAUGGGGCCCUUGUGGGACUGUGAGGACUUCUGUGCACCCUGCCCCAGGCUCCCUUGAUUGAGGACAGCCCCUAGAGAGAGGGCUGCAGGGGCAACACCCCAGCCCUUGGGGAAGCAGAUGGGGUGGCCCUACCCCACAGUUCUGGGGGCAGCAGGCAGGCUGGUGGAUACCCAGGCUGCUCCAUCCAGGGGAAGGGGCCCAGCCCUCGCCCCCCACAGGCAGCUGCUCCUUGUGGGGAGGAUCUGCUGCUGGAAUGGUUAACCUGCGAUGUCUCUGCAGCCAAUCACAGAGCCCUGCAGGAAAUACCUGGGAGAGAUCCCUGUGCUGGCCCGCCAGGCGGGCCCCAGCCCAGCCCCAGUCCGGUCCCAGGUGGCCGGCGGCCUGCAGUCUCCUCUUGUGCGCACAGGCUCCCCGGGCCACCGAGCUCGUGGGGGUCUCAGCAUGGCAAUCCUGGGCCCACGUGAGCUAGGGCUGCUGCUGACCAUGCUGGUGGUGACUGGGAUGGGGGCCCAGCCUGCCCAGCUGCUGACUUUGCUGUCCUCAGGCCAGGGCGCUCUGGACCGUGAGGUGCUGCGUGGCCUGUUAAAUACACUGGUGGCCCGUGUGCACUGUGCCGGCGGGCCGUGUGGAAAGUGCCUGUCUGUGGAUGAGGCCCUGGCCCUGGGCAGGCCUGAUAGGCCAGGAACACCCCUGGGGUCAGUCCUAGAGCCCAGGCACAUUGCCCGCCUCAGUGCUGCUGCCGCCGUCUACCUCAGCGACCCUGAAGGCACAUGUGCAGACAUCCGGGCUGGGCGCUGGGCCUCCCGUGCCGACCACCUCCUGGCCCUGCUGGAAGGCCCUGAGGCCCUAAUCCCAGGCCUGAGCAGGCUGCUGCAGAGAAUUCUGGCCCGGGCUGCUGGCCCACCCACUGCAAAGAAGGCCUGUGUGGACCUGCCUCAGCUGCUGGAGGAGGCAGCGAGGGCAGGGGCUCCCGGAAGAGCUGGCCCUGUGCUGGCCGCCCUGCUGGACCAUGUGAGGAGCGGGUCGUGCUUCCGCGCCCUGCCGAGCCCCCAGUACUUUGUGGACUUUGUGUUCCAGCAGCACAGCAGUGAGACUCCUAACAUCACGCUGGCUGAGUUGGAGGUCUUGAUGCAGCGCCUGGGGGUGGGUGGUGAGACCCAUGGUGAACACAGUGACCACAGUGAUGCGGGAAAGGGGGCCGACCACCAGGGCCCUGUGUUCCUCGCCACCCCUAACAGCAGCUCCAGCGUGUGGGACACAGUAUGCCUGAGUGCCAGGGACGUGAUGGCUAUAUAUGGGCUGUCUGAGCAGGCUGGGGUGACCCAGGAGGCCUGGGCCCGCCUGAGCCCUUCCCUGCUCCAGCAGCAACUGAGUGGGGCCUGCAGCCCUCGGCCCAGGUCCCCCACCCAGGACCAGCUCAGCCAAGCAGAGAAGUACCUGUAUGGCUCGCUGGCCACACUGCUCAUCUGUCUCUCUGCCAUUUUUGGCCUCCUGCUUCUGACCUGCGCCAGCUGCAGUGCUGUCACCCACUACGUCCUCCAGGCCUUCCUGAGCUUGGCCGUGGGCGCACUCACGGGUGAUGCCCUCCUGCACUUGACACCCAAGGUGCUGGGUCUGCACAUCCACAGCAGGGAGAGCACUGGCUCACAGCCCACAUGGCGCCUCAUGGCCAUGCUUGGAGGCCUUUACACCUUCUUCCUGUUUGAGACCCUCGUCAACCUCCUGCUGCCCCCGGACCCCGAGGACCCAAAGGACGGGCCUUGCAGCCGUGGCGGCCACAGUCACAGCAGCCACAGCCACGGCGUGUCCCUGCAGUUAGCUCCCAGCGAGCUCCUGACGCCCAAGCAGCCCCACGAGGGCUCGCGCGCAGACCUGGUAGCGGAGGAGAGUCCAGAGCUGCUGACCCCGGAGCCCCGGAGACGGAGCCCAGAGCUGAGGCUGCUGCCCUACACGAUCACGCUGGGCGACGCCGUGCACAACUUCGCCGACGGACUAGCUGUGGGCGCCGCCUUCACGGCCUCCUGGAAAACCGGGCUGGCCACCUCUCUGGCAGUGUUCUGCCACGAGGUGCCGCACGAGCUGGGGGACUUCGCGGCCCUGCUGCACGCCGGGCUGUCGGUGCGCCGGGCGCUGCAGCUGAACUUGGCCUCGGCGCUCACCGCCUUCGCCGGCCUCUACGUGGCGCUCGCAGUCGGCGUCGGCGAGGACAGCGAGGCCUGGAUCCUGGCGGUAGCCACUGGCCUUUUCCUCUACGUGGCGCUCUGUGACUUGCUCCCGGCUAUGCUGAACGUGAGGGAUCGGAGGCCUUGGCUCCUCUUCCUGCUGCACAACGCAGGCCUGCUGGGCGGCUGGACCGUCCUGCUGCUGCUGGCGCUGUAUGAGGACAGCAUUGCCCUUUGACAGCCUCCGGGGCUUCUCGGACCCUUGACUUUGGCUCCUGGCUCAGCUUCCUCGAUCUUUGGACCCACCAGCCACACCUGAGCCUGCAGCCCGGAGCCGAGAGAGCACCAGGCCUUCGAGAGUCUCUCUCCUCCAUGCCCCACCCCGCUUCAAUAAAGACAUUUUUGUCUUUGGAGGCCUG